CAGCUCAUAUACCACUUCCCCUCCCUCCUUCAUUGCUCUCUGUAUUAGUCCCUUGUAAAAUCAUUUUCUCUUCUUAGUUACCGUUUAGUUGUUGCCAGCAAGUGCCGUUCAAUCAAAAUCGAGCAUGAAAAACGUGGUGGUUCUUUUUGUGUUUGGUGCCAUUUUGCCAUUUUCACUGGGUCAAUCUAGGCCAAAAGUGAGCAUAAAGAAGCAAUUUUUACCUGUAUACUUGGGGGACACCAUAGUACUCACCUGCUCAGGAGGAGGCAGCGUCAAAUGGUAUUUCGAUGGUACUGUAAUCCCAGAUCAAACGCAACAAAACUAUAUCGUCACCAUAAAGUCUAUUAGUGAACAAGGCCAAUAUGUGUGUGUGAGGAAUGGAAUUAGGAGUAAAGAACUUCAGCUCAAAGUUGAAGAUGCCUUUCCUCCAGAGAUCCUAGUCAUUCAGUCUGGAGAUUCAGUGGUCUAUAAAGAUGACUCUGUUCAUCUAGCCCUUUAUGUGGACAACGACUGGCAGAAUUGGACCUGUUAUGUGUAUAAACACCAGCGUCUUUACCAUGUUAUAAUAAAAGAUUACCCAGAAACUGGCCCUUUGGAGUUCAUGACGUCCUCUGUGGAGAAGACCUCAGAACCAUAUAUUUAUUGGUGUAAAAAUAAGAUCACAAACACGAGAAGCAGCACUGUUGUACUCUCAGUAACCGAUCUAAUGGUAAAACUUGUACCUCACCCUGAUCUGCCAGAACUGAGAAAAGAUUUAGAACUGGAAUGUGUGACACAUGGUGCACCAAAGAUAAGUAGUGUCACUUUUUAUAAAGGCAGUGAUACAAUACUGACUCAAAGUGAAGUGAAAUAUACAAUUAAAAAUAUGGCAAAGACCGACGAAGGAAACUACAAAUGUGAAGCUACCUACAUGUUCCAAGCGAGUACCAGCAAUAACAAGUUCACUGUCAAAUCUGUGCCUCAGGAAGUCGUUGGCAUAGAAGUAACUCUAGAGGCAGCCAUGUCAUAUACGUCAGGGAAUCCUGUGUGCACUUGCAGCAAAUGCAGAUCUGGCGGCAAGUCUGAAUUCUAUGAGAUUGUAAAUGGUCACUAUAAAAAAGUUAACAGCGGAUACCAAUACCACCUACCCCAGGGGAAGUACGCCUGUAGAGUUCGCUGGGAUACCGGAGCCUCCUCAUUCAGUCUGCCAUUGUCUGUGUCAGGAGAUCCUUUCAAUCCAGGUGUAAUCGUGGGGGUCCUGGUGUUCAUCUUCAUUGUAAUGGGGCUCAUCUUGAUCGUGGGAUAUUUCUGCUGGAACAGAAGAAACAAGCAAAAGCCCGAGGCAUUGUACCAGGAAGUGGCACUAGAUGCUGUGAAAUCCGACAAGGGGGAAGGAGGUUAUGAGGAGCUCAAGGGAGGAAAAAGAGGAGAGAGGAGUGGAGAGUACGACACACUGAAGGGGCCGGAUGCAGACAAAGUCACAACAGCGGACGUCUCAGACACUGGAGAGCAGGGUCGCUAUGAGGCCCUGAAGGUUUCGCAAGAUGAUUCGAAGAAAAAUGAGUAUGAAACUCUUAAGGGGAAAGAAGGCAAGGGGGCAGAAGGGGGAUACGAGGCCCUGAAGACAUCUAAGGCAGAGGAAGGUGCAGGAGUGUACCACACACAAGCAGGGGAACAUGGAGUAGGAUGUGAGGCACUGACGCUGUCCAAGACAGAGGGGAAGUAAGGGGAGUAUCAGACUGUUCAGCCAGGAGGAAAUUAAAAGGGGGCCUGCAGGAAGGGAAAUGCCAAACUAACAGGGAAACAAAGGGGUGGGGGGGGAGAGAAGAAGUAAACAGCUCAAGAGAAAUGGAGCUAAUGUCUCUGAUACAUGUACAUGGGUGACGAUUGUUUUUACAUUGUUUGCUCUAUUUUUUUGAGACUCUAUGGUUAUGCUAUAAUGCAAAAAAAUGCUGUUUGGCCCUAAAUGUACUUUAUUUACCCACUGAAAUGGUAACUAAAUGCUAUACAGUUAUUACACAUUGUAAUCCAGCCAUUCUUCAUUACAAUCAGGACAUCAGCAUCAUCAAUGGAGUGAAAAUGAUUAUUGUCUUACAGGUGGUCUGUCAUCAGUGGGUUACAUGGGAAGUGGCAUUUGCACGUCUGCGGUGCGUGAAUCCAGUGUGUGUGACACAAACACAUGAAUAACAGUGUGUAAGUGUUAAAGGAAAGAUGUCGCUAUUGAGUAAGGAGCCAGUCGUGUGAUCAUAUGUUUCUUUCUUUAUUUCAUUAAACUUCCACAUGUACAUUUAACUAUACAAUUACAAACAUCAUAUAAAGUAUAUUUAUGCUUUGAUAUUGCAUUUUAAUCAUAACUCCAUUUUAAUGGGGAAUUCAAUUAAAUUUGAUGAGUUCAGUCGGAUGCUGAAAACAUGUACAGAAUGUGUCUCUUGCAAAUUUUUAUUUGUAUGAAUUUAACAGUUUAUUAUUCAGUAUUGGUUUUAUACUGUAAAUGCAUAUUUUGGUAUAAAUUGCUACAGUAGAUAUACCAGCUUCAUCAGACGUAUCAUAUUUUUUAUUUUAAAACUGACUUAUGCUGAACCACGAUAUAAACACUGCAUCCUAAAAGAUCACAUAAUUAUUCAGUUUAUAGACAAAUAUGAGGACAAUAUUACUUUCUGUUACCUAGCAUUAAGCAGCUAAUUGAGUAUGUUUGUAUGAAUUUAAUGAUAUACUGUAUAUGUAAAAGGUAUAUUUUUUAUUAAUGAAAUGCAAUUCCUUUUUUUAAAUAUAUAAAAUUCUCUGA